UCCAAAGCGGCACAAACACACAACGUGCCUGGCUAUGCCCUUGAGAACAGAACCAUACCCCUAAGAUGCCACCCUACAGCAAAAGAGAGUAUGCCAAGAGACUUUGUCCAAUGUCACUCAGGGACACCUGUGCCCCUACAGGGACUAACCCAUCUCCCUCCCUCUUCCUGGGCACCACAGACAUUCUCAAGUCCCCCCUGAUCAUCUUCGUGAUGGGCGGCCCAGGCUGCGGCAAAGGGACACAGUGCAAGAAUAUGGUGACCAAGUACGGCUUCUGCCACGUGGGGCUGGGCCAGCUACUGAGACAGGAAGCUCAAAGGAGCACGCAGCGGGGCUGGCAGAUCCAUGACAUCAUGCUGCAAGGACUCCUGAUGCCCGCGGGCAUCAUCCUGGAUAUGGUCAGUGACAACAUGUUGUCCUACCUGGAGAGCCGGGGCUUCCUCAUCGAUGGCUUUCCCUGGGAGCUGAAGCAGGCCAUGGAGUUUGAGCGCAUCGUGGGCCGGGCCCCCAGUGUCGUCACUGUGUUUGACUGCUCCAUGGAGACGAUGCUCCGAGUGCUACACCAGGGCCAGGGGGAGCACCGAGCAGACGACUUGGAGCUGGCCAUCCACCAGAGCUUGGACACGCACUACACCGUGUGUGAGCUGGUCUUGACCUUCUACCAGCAGAAUAACCUGCUCCGAAACAUCCUGGCAGAGGAAGCACCAGAGAACAUCUUUGCCAAGUGCUGCUCUGUCAUUGAGAGUCUGCAGUGAGAGAGAGGCUGGGGGCGGGCCUUGCCCCUCACCAGAACCCAUGCAGGACGUGGGAAGGGUGCGU